AAAAACUGUUCUGUUCCUGCUUUUCUCAACCACACCUGCCAUCUUUCAUUUGAAAAGUUUGGCGAGGAAUCUGGAAAUUCACUGUUAGCAACAAGGCUUCUUGGUUACUAUUUCUGAAAUGCUGAAACACGAGAGUGCUUUGAAUCUUUGGUUGUCUGUGUGGUCUGUGCAUAAUGAUUUAUAAUUACGGAAUUUAACUUUAAUGCAGCGUUAUGUGGCUGUGGAAUGCUAACGGACACUGGAGUAAAAGAGGGGAAUGAAAAAUUGGAAAUGUUGAAGAUGGAAUAGUGGGUCAGCGAUUUUAAAGGAGUGGUCUUUUCGUUUUCCCUUGUAUCCCUUAAGACUUGGGAGAUUAAAAUAUGCAGACCCCAAAAGCAAGAGCUGGUACAUCAGAAGUGCCCCAAAAGAAAUCUCCUGUAACCCCUCGUACUGCUCGUCAGUUGAAGAUACCAAACUCUGAUUCUGACUUGGUCUCCUCUCCAAAUGCUGCAAAAAAGACUCCAAAAAAUAGGAGUCCAAAGGUUGUUGAACGCAGGUCACCUCAAAGUCCAGUAUCUGAGAAGAAGCGACCUAGUAGGAUCCAGGAAUUGGAAUCUCAGAUUACUCGGCUACAAGAAGAUCUGAAGAGUGCUAAGGAUCAACUUAACUCAUCUGAGACAUGGAAGAAAAAAGCUCAACAGGAGGCUGAACUGGCACAGAAGCAGCUUGUAGCCAUGUCGAAAGAGCUGGAGGAAUCCCACCAACAGCUUUUGGACUUCUCGGCUUCUGAAGAAGGACGGCUUCAAGAGCUCCGCAAAAUUUCUCAGGAUCGAGAUCGUGCAUGGCAAUCUGAACUAGAGGCUGUCCAAAAUCAGCAGGCAAUGGAUUCAACUGCUUUGGCAUCUGCCAUGAAUGAAAUACAGAAAUUGAAAAUUCAACUUGAUAGAGUAGGUGAGUCUGAAGCUACUCAGAUCAGCAGUGCAGAAUCAGCUCAUGCUGAGAUUCAGGAAUUGAAGAUGGAGCUUGAUAAAACUCUCUCCAUGGUAGAAAAGCUUAAAAACGAGGUAUGUGAUUGCAAAGAAUCUGAAUCCAGGGCCUUGGAAGUAGUUGGUAAAAUGCAAUUGCAAUUGGAAACAGCAAAUCAGACUGUGGAAACACUUCGGUCAGAUGGCAUGAAAGCAGCAGAAGCUUACAAAUCCUUAGCUUUAGAGUUGGAGCAAUCAAGAACUAAAGCAAAAUCACUGGAGGAGCUCGUGAUUAAACUUAAGGCUGAUUUGCUUAGCAGUGCAAACGAAAAUGUAAUAGCUCCAACCAAUGAAAAUGUACCUUCUCAGGAAAUUGGAGGCAAUGAAGAAAUAAACCAUCUCAAAACUGAGGUUAGCUCUGCAAAAGCUGAAGUGGGGCAGUUGAAGUCUGCAUUGGAUGUUGUUGAGGUAAGAUACCAAGAAGAGUAUAUCCAGAGCACAUUGCAGAUUAGAUGUGCUUAUGAACAACUGGAACGUGCAAAAUCAGAAUCGGGUCAGAGAGAGGUUGAAUUAUUUGAGGAAUUAAGGAGAGCUAAAGCUGAUACUGAAGAGCUAAGGGCAAGCCUGAUGGCCAAGGAAUCUCAGUUUCUGAGAAUGUCAGAGGAGAAUAAGGAGCUCAAUUCCAGGAUCAAGAAAAACCAAUCUACUGAGAGGCAGUCUGAGCUAAAAAAAUUGGAUGAUGAUAUUGCAGAAUUGAAGGCAAAGCUAUUAGAUAGAGAGACAGAACUGCAAAAUAUAGCAGCAGAAAACAGCAUGCUCAAGAUGGAAAUCAAAGAGGAGUUGGAGAAGAAUAAAAUCACUGAUGAAGCUGUUGCUUCAGCUGAAGCAGCAAGGGCAGCAGAGCAAGAGGCUUUGAAAAAACUUGGCCACGUAACAGAAGAGGCUGACAAAAGUAACAAAAGAGUGGCUCGGGUGACCGAGCAAUUAGAUGCAGCUCAGGCUGCGAAUUUGGAGUUGGAGGCUGAACUAAGGAGACUGAAAGUUCAAUCAGAUCAGUGGAGAAAGGCAGCUGAAGCAGCUGCCUCUAUGCUUUCUAGUGGAAACAAUGGGAAAUUUGCAGACAGAAAUGUCUCGCGUGAAAGCAGCUUCAAUUCUGUUACUGGCAAGAUGAAUUCACCUUAUUUAGAAGACACUGACGAUGAGUCACCUAAGAAGAAAAAUACAAACAUGUUGAAGAAGAUUGGAGUUUUGUGGAGGAAGAACCAUCAUUAAGUAGAUGCUGCCCAGGUAUCGGUAAUCAUUGCAUACACUUUGAUAGGUUAGCUAAAUGGCGUUACUUGUAUGUGGUUUCAUUUUACUUCUUUUUUGUCGUUGUAAGGUAUUUUGUAGUAUCACUAUCAAGUAGUCAUAACCAUUUGAGCAGUUCCUUGGGAAAUCUGUGAUAAACUCGUGACUGAUAUUGUGUACUAGUUAGAUUUGUCGAACCUGCAUAGAUGAAGCAGCUUAUUAUUAGCGAAGAGAAUGUGGAUGACUGUAUGUUUUCUUGGUAUCACAUCAUUAGCAGUUAACGAGGUUAAGGACGAUGGGAAGUCCUAUGUGGCCCUAAAAAAGUAUUUCAUUUGGGUAUUAGAUUCUGAGACUAAUGUAUUGCAUCUCUUGGUAGGGUCCCAUACAAUGAAGAAUUUAUCCAUCA